GAGGCUGCGGUACCAGGACAAGACCCAUGUCCCCCGGCACUGCUCGCCACACCAGCACCCUCCUUUCCCAAGGGAGGGGGACAUGGUGACGGCCUGUCAGCGAGGGCUCCCUGGAGGGUCUGGCCCGUCCCGAGGCCCUGCCUGCAGGACGAAGGGCGUGGAGUACAAAGCCAGUGGCUGCACGGCGGCAGCAGCAGAUGGGCCACGGUGGGUGGGCUGGCUGCUCCCCAUACCCUGGGCUGGAGCCGUCAGACAGGAACUGAAGGAGCCUGCGGCCCCAGCCCCAAAGGGGUCAGUGAUGGAGGCAGGCCAUGCAGGAACACAGCACUCGGCUGGAAAGUUGUCGGGAAAUGAGAUAUUCCCACAGCCUCGGAGCAUCGCCCUAGAGAAGGCUUUAUUACAAACAGGACAGGGCAGCUCUAUAAUGGCGAGACAUGGAGGGCACGUCGUCCUAGUGACCGAACAUGAUGUCACUGACGAGGGCGCACUGGGAGGACACGGUGGCCAUGCAGGGCUCCUGCCCAAAACUGGGUUCGCCCUGAGCCUAACUGGGAGAGGCCAGUCGGGCCCAUCAGCUGAGGGAGGCCUGGACGCUCCAAAAAUGUCAGUGUCGGAAGGACCAAACAGCUGGGGAACUGCGUCAUGUGAGACUGAAGGACACCGACAGGAUACAGUGGGAAAGGGCGCGGCAGGGGCUCCAUCCGAUGCCACUUAUGUGGGGAUCCCCUGAUGUAGAGGGUGCGGGGAGAGGAGAAGAGGAGAGAGACAGAGAGACACAGACAGAAAGGGGGCCUCCCCUAGUCGAUGCUCUGUGCUGACUGGCCCCGUGCGUGUGGGAUCAGGAGGGUGGGGUGUGAGUUUGCUGUGCCCUCAGGCAGGGUCCAGAGAAUUCAUUGCCUCCUGGUGCUGAGCAUGAUUAUCGGGCUCAAGGACACACUUGGUCCUUAGGAAUGUCCCCUGGGUCCCCUCCUCACGUGGCACGUGGUGCUGCAGGAAACCUGGCCGUGCCGGUCUUACUCGGGGGCGGGUGAGGCCCCAGUGUUGCGGCCAACUCUCUGGCCCUUUAUGCUCCUGACCUGCACCAUGGAAGACUGGGUCUCUCUCUGACCUCAGGUCCACCGCCUGUGGACGCCUUCCUGCCACACUGGGCUCCUUGCUCUGCUCCUGGCAGCUGGCCCUCCCUCCCUCUCUGUGCCCUAAGAGUCCUCCUCAGCCCCAAAGGGAGCCUCUGUGACCGGCUUGUCUGAAACAGACCCCAUCGCUCUGUACCCCUCAUCUGCUCUCCUUUUCUUGACAGCAGAGUGUGAGAUCCUUUCUCCCUCCCCUCUCCCUCCUUCCAGUGUGUUCCCCGCACGCCUGGGAUGAGCCCUAGGCAGCUGUCUUGCUCCCGCUGGACCCCCAGGCCCAGGACCCUGGCCUGUGAGGACCCCACCGAAGCGCCGGCUGGGCCUGUUCUCUCUCUCCCCCCCCCCCGCCCCCUCGGUCUGUCACCCCCCUCCUUCCUGCCUGCACUCCCAGGACGUCCCCAACAUCCCCCAUGUAUCUCAGCAAGGCCCUCUUGGCCUGGGCUUUUCAUUCGUCUGCCUUUUCUUCCCUCUCUUUGCCUGGAACAGAGAAAUGCAAGCCUGAAGCCCGUGUUUAGAGCCCUCCCAGCUCUGUGUCCUCCUUUCCGAGGAGUUCGUUUUCGGCCUCAGCGUCCCGCCUGGAGCCCCGUUUCAGGGCUGGGGGUCGCUGCACGCAGCCCCUGUGCUGAGCCUCGCGUGGACUUUGGCCCCGUGUUUGCAGACCUGUCCGUGCGGCAGAAUGGCGAGCUGCGUCCCGCUGCUCCUCGUCCUGGUCCGCCUCGCCAUCCCCGCCGCGGAGCCCUCAGUGUUUCUUUCCGCCUCGAAAGCAAAUACAGUCCUGGCGAGAUGGAAGCGUGCUGGCUCGUAUCUUCUGGAAGAGCUCUUUGAGGGGAAUUUGGAAAAAGAAUGUUAUGAAGAAAUCUGCGUCUAUGAAGAAGCAAGAGAGGUCUUUGAAAACGACGCCACCACGGGUGAAUUCUGGACAAGGUACAUGGGUGGCUCCCCGUGCACCUCCCAGCCCUGCCGCAACAAUGGGUCCUGCCAGGACAGCAUCCGCAGCUAUACCUGCACCUGCGCGCCCGGCUACGAGGGCAGGGACUGCGCCUUCGCAUUGUUUUCCCUUUCAGCUAAAAAUGAAUGUCACCCACUGAGGACUGAUGGGUGUCAACAUUUUUGCCACCCGGGACACGAGUCCUACAGGUGCAGCUGUGCGAAGGGGUAUAAACUGGGCCAGGACCGCAAAUCGUGCAUCCCACACGGUGAGUUCUCAGAGAAGUGUGCCUGUGGAAUCCUGAAAUCUGAGAGCGUCGCAAGGCCACCGAACAGCACGCAGAGUCUUCAGGUUUUCCCGUGGCAGGUUAAACUAACAAAUUCCAAAGGAGAAGACUUCUGUGGUGGUGUUAUAAUACAGGAAAAUUUUGUACUGACAACAGCAAAAUGUUCACUAUUACACAAAAAUAUUACUGUGAAAACAAAUUUCCCCAGAACCAGCAGGGACCCACUGACCAUCGCGGUGCAGAGCGUCCAUGUGCACAUGAGGUACGAGGAAGAGACUGGGGACAAUGAUGUUUCGCUGUUGGAGCUGGGGCUGCCCAUCCAGUGCCCAGACGCCGGGCUCCCUGUCUGCAUGCCCGAGAGGGACUUCGCAGAGCGUGCCCUCAUCCCAAGGACAGAGGGCCUCCUCAGCGGCUGGACACUCAAUGGCUCCCGGCUGGGCAACGUGCCGACACAGCUGCUGGUCACACACAUGGACAGCGAGGAGUGUGGCCAAGCCCUUGAUGUGACAGUCACGACGAGGACCUACUGUGAGAGGGGAACAGUGGCUGGAGGGCUGCGGUGGGCAGAGGGCAGCAUGGCUGCCAGAGAACACGAAGGCACCUGGUUCCUGACAGGAAUCCUGCGCUCAGCACCCACCGAUGAGCAUGGACGGGCGUUUCUUCUCACCAAAGUUUCCAGAUACUCGCUGUGGUUUAGACAAAUCAUGAAGCAACUAAGCCCAGCUAACCAGAAAGAUUAAAAUAUGCAGUGGGGUUCCAAAUUUUAGACAUAAUCAUGAGAUCAACUGAAAUUUCACAGCAGAGCAGUUGUAAGUGAUGGUUUCAAAACAAGGCACUCGAUCAGUCUACAAACUGUCAGUUAUGGCUUGUGAGAUCAUUACUGAGUGCUCUGACAGUCCCUUCCUUGGGACUUUUUUUUGCUGAGGAAGAUUCGCCCUGAGCUAACAUCCAGGCCAAUCUUCCUCUAUUUUUAGUUAUGUGGGCUGCCAGCACAGCAUGGCUGCUAACAGGGUGGUGCAGGUCUGCACCCGGGAACCAAGGCAGAGCUCACUGAGCUGAACCACUAGGCCACUGGGGCUGGCCCUCCUUGGAACCUUCUAAACUGAAACCCUAAGAGAGGGGAGACACAUUAAAUAAUAAAAACCUGUCUGUCAGUCACGAAACAGGCCAGUUUCCUAAAACCGGCUCCUUUCCCAAGUCUAAUGCUUUCUGAUGCUGACGAGUCAGUGAGCACAGCUUAGUCUAACACAAACAUGAUGAGUGUCUUUGGGACAGAAGCUCCUAAGACUUGCCAGUUACAGAGAGUGACCUCACGGUUGUGCUGGGGUCACUGACAGCCAGCGUGGGUGAAAGUGUUGCUCAGUGUUGGCAGAAGCAACCAGAAGGGGGGCAGCACAGGCGAGGCACACCACAUGGAGACAGCGUCAGAGAGAGGAUCAGGAAGCGUGAGAGAGGCUGGGAGGCAGGACAAGUGGGCCUCUCAGCAGGGCCGUGCGCCAGUGCAGGGAACCCUCCCAGGCAGGUUCCAGGGAGCUGCCGGUUCAGCAGGUGCCCAGCCUCUCAGCCCGCACUGAACCCACAGCUGACACCCGCACAGGCAGAUGCCUUCGCGCCUGUCUCCCCAUCUCUGGGAUGGAGUGACAACAGCACCCACCAGACAGGGCUGGGAGAAAGCCAAAGUGGGCUCCCCAUGUGGAACCAGUGAUUCCCAGUGCCAUCUCAAAGACUGCGGCUGCAACACAGGAAGGACAGAGCUGGUGUCCAGCCCAAAGUGUGCUUCCCUGAAGACCAGAACUCCACGUUGGGUCCGAGUGUGUGCAGAAAUGAAACGUGAGAGCAUGUGGAUAGAAACCAUGUUUAUUUAAGACAAUCUCUUAACUCGUAAGGAAGCAGCAAAGCUGCUCCUCGACCCUGGGCACAUAAAUUCCAGUCCCCGGCUCCUCGACCCUGGGCACGUCAAUUCCAGUCCCCGGUUCCUUGCAAGAAACAAGAGCUUUGACAGCUAAGUUCGCUGUGGACAGCAGCCAGGCAGAAGAGGGCAGCUCCAGCUCCAGAGGCACAUGCGUGGGGGCCGCUGGUCCGCUGGGGCCCCUUGGACAGAGUUGUGGAAGGGGAGAGAGGAUGUUUUUUAAGGGAUUUAAAACGUAAAUUGAUUUAAAUUUCUUUUGAGUGAAAAUGGAGUUUAAACACAAUUCAGAUAUUUAAGUCUUACGAUUCUUAGACACACUAAAUAUCUCUUUAUUUCCGAUAUAAACUUUAACCCUAGAAUUAAACUUUUUUUUUUGGCCAAGCUGCAGAUGUACUGCCCCAUUUCUCUGAAAGGACCAUGGCAAAGAUAAAUGUGCUAAUCUAAUGCAGACUAAUGGGGAGGGCCAUGGGGGAAAAAGAGUGAAUUUUAAAGUCUUAGUAAAAUUUCAAACUACCAUAAGGUAAUUAAUUAGGUCUGCUUUAUGUCUACUAACGAUAUAAAACCUGCAAAUGAGCACUGCAAUUUUUAUGCAAAUAAUGCUGCAGAAAUAUCUGCAAUCUUGAUUAUGGCAUUAAUUUGCACUACAAAUCUGGAUUUGCUGAACCAGAGCGAAACCCUAUUUGGAGAUUAUUACAGACACGGCGCAGGCAGAGGUGGGCUCACUACAGCCUUGAUGGGCUCAGGGAGACGCGGCGCAGGGACAGCCACAGGGAGACGGCAGCAGGGACAGCCACAGGAAGAUGGCCAGCAGGGACAGCCACAGGAAGACGGCCAGCAGGGAGAGCCACAGGAAGACGGCAGCAGGGAGAGCCACAGGAAGACGGCAGCAGGGACAGCCACAGGAAGACGGCAGCAGGGACAGCCACAGGAAGACGGCCAGCAGGGACAGCCACAGGCCUGACCAGCAGUGAGAGCCACAGGACUGACGGCCAGCCGGGGACGACGGGCUUCGAAACGAAGAGAACAGCUCUACCCACAUAUAACAAGGCCAGCAGAGAGAGCCAAAGGCACCAACGGCCAGCCGGGGACAAGGGGCUUCGAAACGAAGAGAACAGCUCUACCCACACGUAAAACUAAUAGAGUGGUUAGGAACCAUUUGAGGUAAGCCAAAUCAGACACAAAAAUAAAACCCAAGUGGUAUAUAUACACAAUGGAAUACUACUCAGCCAUAAAAAAAGACAAAAUUGGCCCAUUCACAACAACGUGGAUGGACCUCGAGGGUAUUAUGUUAAGCGAAAU